CGUCAACUAAGUGUCUUCACUCUCCACUUCAUAAUAUCAACUUCAUUCUAAACAAUUAGAAAGAACAAAUUAUACAUGUCUCCACAAACAUAAAGAAUAUGAAUUGUUUAAGGAAAAUAUAUUAUUUAGAAUAUUAAAUAUAUCGGGAAAAUAAUUAUAUGUGUGUGGGCUAGUACCCAUGGGUCGGAUUUACCUAAACCCAAACCCAACCCGACUCGGUUAAUAGUGUAGCAGGUUUAAACCCGAACCCGGCCCAAAACCCGUCAACACGGACUUUACCCACAUUGACCGGGUUGGGUCGGAUGGGUACCCGUGAGUUCGGGUUUUGUUGCUAUCCCUAACGCCAGCUGCUAGUUAUAUUUAUUCGCUUUGUUACACAACAAAAUGCAUGAGUGGUAGGUUGCCAACAUUUAUUUUGGUGUAGACAUAAACGACCAAAUGUAAUUUGCCAAUAUGUUUAGUAUAAAAAAUCAUUAUAGGUACCAUAUUGUAAAGUAUAAAAAAUUGUAGGUACUAACUUAACAAUCAACUCUCGAUUUGGACUAAAUUAGUUAUUUUGGAUACAAUAGCGUAAAGUUCGAGCCAUGUGAAAAUAUUAAUCCUUUUACUAUCUAUCUAAAAAUUGACAAAAUACACCUGUAUAUCCACAACUAUCACCUUUGUGACAAAUAUAUCCACAUCUAUCGAAAUACACGAAAUAUCCAUUUCCGUCUUCUCCUUUAACUCCGUAAGUUAACAUGAUGACUGGACAAACGGUGGUUGCUGAUUUGGCGGGUUUCUGACCACACUGUCUUACGUAGAUUAAAAGAGAAAAAAAAUAAAAAAACCCUAAAACCACCAAACGAGCCAUGACCUUCCAUUUCUCACUUCGAACAGUUUUCUCCCCUUCCCUCAAGCUCUCCGUUUUCCGACCACUCUGACGGCGAGAGUAGAGCUUCAAACACAGAAACACGCCGGAUAAUCACCGAUCCUCCUCCGAUCGACGCCUCCACCACCAAAUAACCCUACCCCAAGCCCAGAUUUCUAUUCGAACCACGAACCCCAACCAUCGCCUCCCUUUUACUCCGACGGGUUCCAUGCAGUCGGCGCCAUGGUGAUUCUUAGGAGCACCAUACUUCCGACGAAACACAAGCACAAUGGGGAAGUCUAAGGUGCAUCGUCGAAGUCCAGGAAACCCAAGAAGAUCGUUGUCGAGAAACCCUAAUCGCAGCCAAGGAGCUCCAUUUUCAAGUUCUCUUCGUUUGUGAGUGUCGCAUACCCUUCAAAUAAUCUUGUUGUGUCUUUUGAUUUUGGUUCGAAAGGUUCUUAUAGUGGAUUGUCUACUUUUCGUGAUUCGGUGGUUGGUUUCAAGGUGGGAAAGUGACAUAGCAAUUUUGAGAAGGGACCACUGCUGUCUGGGAAAAUCUGGUUGUCGCGAUUUUGCCUCUUAAUCUGACGAUGAGAACCUGCUUCUCCUGGGUAUAUAAGUAUUUUAAUUCUUGGGUUGUGAAAUCCCCAUCAUACAAUAAUGGUUUCUGAGUGUGUUGUUUAUUUGGAUGGUAGUGGGUAAUAAACUAUAAAUAGUAGGUUAAUAACUAAUUAGUGGUGAUGCUAUUGUUAAUCGUGUUUGUGUCAGAUGGCUGACUCGUGGGAAGAACUGGUGGGAGAGAACGAUCCAGGACAACCGGCCGAAUCACCUGAUAGCUUUGCAGCAGUGGAUGGAGCUCAAUCUGUUGCUAAAGAAGUGUUCCAUGUUUAUGACUCAGACAAUGCAGACACUUCAGAUAAUGAGUAUCGUGCUGCAAGGGACAAUCUAAGGGCUUAUGGGGAGAUGAUAAAAAGGAAGGUGAAGGCCAGGUCUAACUACCAUGGGGAGGAGGUUGAGCAGCUAGAUGAGUUUGAAGAAGACGACAGUGAGGAUGAAGAAGAUGAUGAGGUUGAGCAUGGUGGCCAUGAUGGUGAUGUCGAGGCUGGUUUAGAUGGUGCAGAUUAGGUCAGUGAGAUACCUGAGCAAGCAUCCCAGAACAACGACGAGCAUCCAGCACAUGAAGCAAGGGAAGAGACUUCCAAACAUUAUAGCUAUUGUCUAUUAGAAGAUUCAGAUAAUGUCAAACCUAAUUUGUCAGACGAGGAUGGUGGUGAACCGUUUGCUAAUGCUCCUCAUUAUGAUCCAACAUGUGAUCAUUCUCGGUUCCACUUUGUUCCACGGUUGAAGUUUGCAAAUGCAGAGCAGUUCAAGAAUGCAGUGGUUUUGCAUUCUGUAGCAGGCGGAGCUUGUUUGAGAUGGAAGAGGAGUGAACCAUCUAGAAGGGAAGCAAUUUGUAAGGAUGAUGAAGACACCACAUUUUGUCCGAGAUAAUUGUUUUAUUGAAAAUAAUUUUGUCACGUCAUACUACAAUUAUAUUUAAAUAGAAGUUGAAGAUAGUUUGGUUGAGACUAGCAGUUGCAAGUCAAUAUGAACCAACAAUUGUCAAAUUCGCUCCUAGUCGAUUCUAGGGCCUAAUUAGUUAAGAUAUGACUGGUUUAAGUUAAGAUUAGCAGUGGCAAAUCUUACAUAUAAAUUCUCAAUUGGAUGGAAGAAAUGACUAUAGUGCAAAUUUUGUUGCUCGAGUUUGGAUUUGAAUUAGGUAUUUGAAAUGGGACAAAUUGAAUAGUGGAAUGAGCUUUAUUAUCAAAGAUUGUACAACUUGGGUAAUGACCUCUAAAUGAAGCAAGAAUUAGAAUUAACUACAAUGACUAAUGCUAACUCUACAAAAUUUGGGGCACCAAUCAGAUUAAGACUAGGCCUCUUUGCUAUUUCUUUUGGGCCCAAAGCAAACCCAACCUGCAGAAAAAAAGAAGACCAGUCAGUUCUCAAGUGAGAGUCCAAGUCCAUAGAUUAAGCCCAAAUCAAAGUAAUUCAAGACUAGACAGAGCCCAGUAUCGGCCCAGAAAAAUGUAUGACAGGCCCAGCCCAGAUAAACGUCCAACAAACAGGCCCAGCUCGGCCCAACGAAAUCGGACCAUAACCCAACCGGCCUGGUUCGGCCUGACCACAUCCUAUCCACAGCCGACCUCAACAGGGGGCACACCUUUCAAAGUCGCAAUAAAGAAAUGGACGAAUCAUGUAGUGACACGUGGUGGUUUGGUUUGGUAUAAGUGAGCUCUUCAGGCUCUUUGAAGAGGGACAAAAAGGGGAAGAUUUGAAAAACAUACAGAAAUUCUAACUCUAAUCUCUUCAUUACAACACGAGACUUGAGUCCAGGGAUUCAAUCGGAGCAUCAAGGAAGCACUCUUGGCGCAGAUAUCUUAAUAAGGUUGGUGUUUUUUU